AGGACGAGGAUCUAUAACUUGUACCUUACUUGCAAUCAAGAUGCAUUAAUAUUCUAUGUGAACACCUUUUCUCUUUAGAUGGAAAGCAAUAAAUUAAACCUCAACAGGGUUGUGGAAACUUGAAUGGUCAAUGUGGCGAUCAUUGAUUUAGUUGAUCUAUAUAAUACAUGAUGAACAAACUUGCUCUAGAUAAUGACAACAUUAUAGUUCAAACAUUGCAUCUUUUCUUCGUUAUGAGCUGUACUCUUUAGAACGUGACUGUUGUAUUUAUUACUACAGGUGGAGGAGAAGAGAUGGGCUGCGAUAGGGUCGGGGAACUGCUGCAACUGCAAGGUGGUGGGCAGGAUAAUGGAGCAGGUGAGGGUAGAGACUGAGCAGUGGAGCGAGAUGCAAGGCAUGUUGGAUCAAGUUAGGGUGGAAAUGGAGGAGCUCCAGUCAUCCAGAGAACUCUGGCAACACCGUGCCAUUACCUCGGACAUUGAUAUGCGCUCCAUUCAAAGCCAAAUGCUGGAGUGGAAACAAAGAGCAUACGCCUCUGAGCACAAGGUGACUGAGCUACAGAAACAGAUGUCGGAGCUACAAAUCAAGCUCCAAUCAACAACGGUUGAGCUUUUUCAUCCUUCGACUUCAUCCACUGGAACCCGUUCAAAGACAUUGAAUCAAGAUUUCCAUAGGAUCAAACACCACCAACACAGAUUGCUGGAUUCGCAUAGGGAGAAAGGAAACAUGCCCUAGUCCGCCGCUUUAAGAAUUCACAGAAAAAUUUUCCCAGACGCUUGCCUUUGCAGGACAUAGGAAAUACAUCUAUGUUCCGCCCGUGAUAUCGAGCCUACAGUGUUAUAAAACAACUUCAAAGAGAAGCAAAAGAAACAUUGGUACAUCAACAUAUGGUCUUGGAAUUCCUCAAUGGCUCAAUUUUGCUUGUCAAAGGAGGUGGCAGUUACCACCAUAAUAUCAGAUAAGUGACUACAGGAAGGAACAUGAUGUAGCAGAGGAUUGAAAAGAUUAGUAUGUAUGAGAGCAGAUUUUUCUAGAGAGCAUGUAGCCUUCUGCUCAACGAAUGAAAGCAUUUGCUUCAAGGAGUAUGGCGUUUUAGUCUCUAAAGCAAGGAGGGAACAACAAGGAUAGAGAUAGUGGCUUAUUCACUAAAUUCUCUUGGGAAUUUGGAUCUCUAUGGAUUACUGAACAUAAUUCACUGCGAAAAUAGAGCUCAAGUCAAUGAUGUGUGUCUGUGAAAUGUAAAAAUAAACAUGGUAUGUUUUGCUAACUGGUGGGAGGUGGUUGAUGCUUAAUGGAGUUGUUGUAACAGCAUAACUGGGACAUUUGGAAUUGUUCAUUGAUGAGCUCUUCAUGUAGGCUAGAUGAGAAAUUUUCAAGGCUUGAGUUUAAAAGAUUACCUUAAAA